GCCGAAUCUGACCGCUGAGUUUGCCCGGAAGAAGCGCGAGGCGGUUUUUCUGGCGAAACGUAAGGUUUUGGAGCAGAAACGGAGGCUGAAGGAGGAAGCGCCGGUGAAAAAAGUGAAAGGCAAGCUGACGAGGGAGGUGAAGAAGAUCCAGGUGAAAAAGCAAAGCACUGCUACAAAGAGGGCAGCUUCGAAGCAGAAGAAAGUGCACCAGAGUGGUGGACCUAGAAAGGGCGGUUCUACUACCUCCACAUCAACAUCAUCUCUCCAACCGGUCGAGUCGAUCGUCCCUGUGCCGGUGGUGAGGGUCUGGACUCUUCUCCAGCAAGUGGCGAUCAAACACUGCGAGGAGAUGUCGCGGAUUGAGGAGGAAAAAAUGGAGCAGGACAGGCAGUUUCAGUACAAAAAGACCGGGGUGAUGAACGGAGUAGAUGAGGAAGCCGAUCCGGAGUCGGAUUUGGAGGAAGACAUCGCACGGCUGUUCCCGUCCAACGAAGACGAAAUCCGGAGAAUCGCGGAGGAAGAGGAGCGGAAGGAGCUGCAGGACGGCUUCUUCGACGCUGAUGUCGCCAAAGGAUUGGAACAGACUGCGGCUGACCAGCAAAUGGGCGCAGUCGUGCAACAAAGUGGACAUCAGCAACAGCAGCGCGAGAAGAACCUCGUGGAUCAGAAGCAACUCGACCUGCUUUGCAAGUACGCA